AUGUCUCUCUGCCUUCCUUUACGCCGGCGCAGCUCGCCGUUCCCCAUCGCAACCAUGUCCACCACUAGUGUCGUCAACGUGUUUGAAAGCGGCGAAAAGCACCUUAACCGCGAAUUUAAGGAGAAUAUCUCGGGAAUAUCCCACAUCGUCUCCGUCGACGAGCGUGCGCCCGUACAGCCAUCGCAUUUGGAGAGCGCAGCCAGCAGCGUGUGUCCACUCUCGUCCGGCGGCCAUCUCGCGCUCGGUAAAGUCCUAGACGGGCAGGGCUCGCUCUGGAUCGAAGAGCGCGAGGAGCAGAUGAAGGCGCGACAGGUACGAUCAGAUGCGCAACGAGCCCGCGUGCGCCGGCAGGUCCAGCACAGGCUUGCCGUGGACGUCGACGAGCUCAUUAACGCCGUCUCGAGUGAGGACAACGGCGAAGGGACCGACAGAUUGGGGCACAGGAGGUAA